UUGUUGAAAUAUUUAAUAUUUCUAUGCACCUGUGGAAACUGUACUGUGCUGAUCCGAAUAAAUUUUGGAAAGUCUCAUGAGGACGUUAAAAAGUCCUUAAUUAUUCAGGAAAUUAUUACUAGAAUGUGGCCCAUUUUAAUGAGAGUUGCUAGCCGCUACGCUCCUUAUGUAACAUUGCCGUUUGCCGGUAUUAUAGGAUUUAUAGGUUAUAAUCUAGAAAGUUGGCUUUCUGACAAAUAUACCCCCUAUAAUGAAGCAAUCAAAGACUCAAGAGGUGAUCGUUUACUUAGCGAUGAAGCAUUAUCUAACUCUACAGAAGUUGAAAAAUUGAAACUGUCUGGCAAUGCAUUGAAUCGAAAUCUUUCACCUUCUCUACAAUGAGUUUUUUCACUGUGAUACAACAUAAUAUGUCAGGUAGUCAGAAAAUUUAUAUAAGAACUGUAAAAAUCGGUAUAUUUCAUCAUGUAUCAUAAUAGAAUUUCUUUAGAA